CGCAGCUACCGCGUCAAGUGUUUAUCAUGUGCUCGUCUCUCAGAACUACCUAUCCCGUGGCGCUGAUGUAUGAAUGAAUUCCUAUCUUCUUAACAGAGCCCUUGGGUCUGUCUCUCCAAAUACCUUCCAUGUCGCGCAAACGACAAGACUAGUGCACAACCUCGAACCUGCGUUGGGGAUUCGAUUCUCCGGCCGCAGAGCCGCAUCCGAGAAUCAGAGUCAAGGAGACGCGACACCUUUGGAUCAAGAGGAUCCUACGAUAGCGGAAAAUGUGGUUGCUCAUAAGUCAGGCGUCAACUGCUUGGCAAUUGAUCAAUUUGAAGGCCGGUACAUGAUAUCGGGCGGCGCAGAUCCAUCUAUUCACCUCUGGGACCUUGAAAGUCGAGGAUCGGAGCUUGAUCAUAUCCAUCGCGCCCGUGCGACUGUCAUGAAAUCAUCACAUAAAGAUGCGCAUACUCACGCCAUUACCUCCCUCUCCAUCUACCCGUUCGAUCCAGUCCCGUCCACCAUCUUUUCGACGUCUCAUGAUGGCACAUUGAAGCUCUCUGCGCUGCAGUCGCCGGAAAUUACUCCGGUGCAUACAUUUAAUCUCGAUUGCACCCCAUAUGCCCACUCAUUCUCCUCCCAGCCGGGAUCUACCCUGCUUGUCGCGGUCGCUACAUCCGAACAAUCAGUGCGACUAAUCGACCUUCGAUCCGGGUUAGCCACACAUGGCUUGCCAGGCCACAAUGGUGCCGUGUUAUCAGUUUCGUGGGCUCCCCAUCGGCCACACCUGCUGGCAUCAGGCUCCGUCGACAAUCGAGUAAUUAUCUUCGAUGUCCGCCGUGGCGGCCACAACUCUGCAAUCGCAACCUUGGACAUGGACGAUCCGGUAGGUCUGGUAGUGCCAGGAUCUGGACCCGUACCGUCAUCUUUCGAAAGCCGGCCAGCAUUUUCUCGCCAUGCACGCGCUCAUAACGGCCCUGUCACUGGCGUGCGCUGGACUUCGAAUGGUAGCCAUAUAGUGACGACGGGCCAAGAUUCACGUAUCCGCGUUUGGGAUUCAGGGACCGGUGCGAACACAUUGGUCCACUUCGGUCCUCGGGUUCGCAACAGCUCAACCUCCCACUUGGCAGAGCGGGCGCCCCUUCUAAUACCAAAGGGCUUGACGGGCCCCGGGCAGGAGACACUUCUAUGGCCGAACUUCAACGAGCAAGAUGACCGAGGUGAAAUCUUUAUGUUUGAGCUUCGUGAGGGGACGUUUAUCAAGCGUCUUCGGGUUCCAGGGCUCAUGGGUGGAUCACAGGUGGCGCGUGGUCGGGCGAGUGCCCUCAGUGCUGCGCGUAUCAAUGAUUUGAUCUGGCGGGGAAAUGGUGCGUCUGGGGAAGGCCUUGAACUGUUCUCUGCUCACGGCGAUGGAACCAUUCGCGCUUGGGUCUCUCAAGAGCCCGAUGGCGAACCCGACGAGGAAGAGGAGGCAGAGAUAGCCGACCGCAAGAGGAAGCGAGAGGUACUUGACGAGCUCUACAAGGGCUUCGUUGGACCCGAUGCUGGACUCCAUGUUUGAUCAACACAUAUCACGAUAUUUUACUUAGGUCACGAAAUAACAAGCAUCAAUUCAAAAAAGCAAUCAUCAGUCUAGACACAACCAUCAACUUCACUCAUUCCGCAAACUAUGCUCCCCAAUAUUCCCCGCAGCAUCCUCAUCCUCUUUGGCAUACCGAUCAAACUGACUCCGAUUCUGAUUAUGAUGCUUCACUCCCCUCACAUCCCCCGUCCCACCAGGAAUAUUCGUCCCCAUAAAUGUACGCUUCGACUCAAUACUCGCCGGCAGACUAUCCCCAGUUCCACUGAGCACUUCACCCGUCUGUCCGACAUCCCGCGUCGAACGGGGCACGUCGGUGGCGUUGUCCGCUGCGAAGGCGGUUGAGGGCUGGGCUAGGCCGGCGUGCUCGAAGGCUGGGUUUUCGGCGCGUUGGUCGGGACGGGGGACGGACGGGAUGGUGUUCAUUUUACCGGCGUCGUUGGGGACUGUGGUGCCGUUGAUGGCAAAGUCGGAGAGGGUGCCUCCUUGGUGGGGGUCUUGAUCUUGGCGGACCAUGUUGGAUGUGAUGGUUUGAUAGAUAGAAUGGAACUGGAGAGGUUUGUAUGUGCGAGUGGCUGGCUUAUACGAAGGCGUUCGCGAUAUGAUUCACAGCAAAGAGCACCCGAGUAGAUCGUAAGCGGUUUGGUUCAUGUUACCGUUUUCAGCUUUGAUAGAACUACUUAUAUGCUGCAAGUCAAUCUUAACACUUGAAAUCCAU